AUUUGAGAUUUGGUCCAGCUGAUUUCAAAACAACCCACUAAAUAUCAUUUUCUGUCGUGAUAUUAAAAAUCAAUGCUGUGAAAAAUCUUAUCAAACAUUCAUUUAAUGAGUAUGGAAGUCUGUGAGCCCAUCAAGAUGUCGCCAAAGAAAGACACCCUAACAAGUCCAAAUGCACUAACAAAAGGUUUAAAACAAGUGCGACUGCCAUUCAAGCAACUGGACCAAAAGAUUGUCUCCCCUGUCCUCUCAGGGAAAAAGCGCAAGUUGUCCAGCGGAGAAAGUUCUGCCUCAAAGAUAACCAAGACCAUUUCUAGCAUUACUCCUAAAUCUUCUGGUAAACCCAAGCUUCCUGUCCAUAGACCUGAAAAUGUUGCUCUGAAAAGUGAUGAAAAUGAGGUCAGCUCAAGUUCAGAAGCGGAGAAUAUCCCUCUGCAAGAUGGCCGCAAGUCCAAGCCAAGGUUCAUUGAGAAGUUUCUUGAGGCUGCCCAGCAACGCGAGGUGUCAACUUCAGGUGAAGUUGUUGAUCUGACGUCAGAAAUGGAGGAGAAAGACUGUGAUAUUUCUGGUGUGACGGCUCACGAUAUUGAAGAUGAGAGCAAGGAAGAGUCUGUAGAAGUUGAUACUAAAAGUCAAGAUGGCUCUGCAACCAAUAUGGAUGUUGUUGUUGUAGAUUCCGAAGAGCCCAAAGAAAAACAAGAUAUCCCAGUACCUACUCCAGACAAAAGACUUGAGGCAACUCCUGUGAGCAAACAAAAGAAAGCUGUGCCAAAGAUAGAAGAUCUUUUCUCUGCGGCUUCCAAGACACCAAACUUGACAAAACGCUCUGGUGAUGAGAUGGUGACCCCUGCCAAAGUUCUCAAGACCUCUGAAAUGCUGUCUCCACAGAGUACUGGCUCCCCGUCGGAGAUGAUGUCCCCAGGAGCGUCCUCUGCAGUCAAAGUCACCCCAACAUCAACUGUAGAGAAAAAAGCAGUGUCCUUAAAAAAGAAACAAGAGAAAGAGAUGGAACGACAAAAGAAGAAGGAAGAGAAAGAAAAAGAGAAACUGGAGAAACAGAAACAACGCGAUGAAGCCAAGGCUGAGAGAGAUCGCAAGAAGCAGGAGGAGAAGGACAAGAAAGAACAGGAACGUCUGCAGAAAGAGAAAGAAAAGCAGGAGAAGAAAGAACAAGUAGAGAAGGAGAGACUGGAGAGGUUGAAACAGAAGGAGGAGGAGAAAAAGAAGAAAUUGGAGGCUCUGGAGGAAGAGAAACGCAAGAGGGAAGACGAAAAAAAGAAGAAGGAAGACGAAAAACGAAUGAAAGAAGAAGAGAAGAAAAAGGAUGAAGAAGAAAAGAAUUUGAAAGCGAAAGCUGUCUUUACCAGUUUCUUCAUCAAGUCCGAGACGUCACCAACUUCAAAGCCCGCCACCAGAGAAGAAACUGGCUUGUUCAGGGGAUUUUAUGUCAACAAAGAUAUGACCCUGGCUCCAUCGAAACGAGCGCAUGCACAUUUGGAAGGAUUUGAUUCCAAAUUUGAAUCUCAAGAAUGUGGUACCCUGUACCUUGAUGAGUUGAAAACUGGAUCCCGGCAACCAGUCAGGACUGGUAAAUUGACGUCUUGUCUUGUCAAUGGUAAUGACGACGUUGUAGUUGUCAAGAAAGACGAAGCAGACAUCGUCCCAAAGGAUGAUGGGAACCCGGAGAGUGAGGAAGGCUGCCCGAAAGUCAUGAAGACUAAGUACCUAAAAUUCAAAGAGAACAAUCGGCCGGCAUACCGUGGAACGUGGAGGAAGAGGAGUGAUAUUUUGUCGCCGAGGAAUCCAUUUAAAAUGGAUAAGGAUCUGUUCGACUAUGAAUAUGAUAGUGAUGAUGACUGGGAGGAAGAGGAACCUGGAGAAAGUCUCUCUAAUUCUGAGGGAGAAGGCGAUGACGAAGAUGAUAAGCCUAGCAAUGAUGCUGACGAUGAUGAGGAUGGCUUCUUUGUCCCUCACGGCUAUCUCUCUGACGAUGAAGUAUGUGAUGAGGAGGAAGAGUUGAACAAUCCAGAGAAAUUGAAAGCCCUACAAAUCGCUAAAGCGAAGGCAUUUGAAAUGGAGAUGAAACGCAAAUGUGAAUACAUGAGAGCUGUUGUGAUUGGCUGUUGCUGGAUGAAUGCUACCCACCAGAUUCCUGAAGUGUACAAUCGAUUGCAAGCAUACAAGGCUGUGCCAUUGUCCACAACCCCGAUCGUAACCGCCUGCACCAAAAAGAAAUCCGCUGUAAAGGAAGAUGAAAAACCUAAAUCCAAGGGAUUCAAGAAGAAGUCUGUUCCAGAAGAAGCCAUUCCUGACCUGAUCAAGUACAUUCAUUGUAACGUCAUUGGUAUCCAGAAGCUUGUCCGUGGAUUCAGGACACUGUGGCAUGAAAAGAUGCACCCGGUGGCAGCUGCCCCGGAAGUGCCCACACCAGAACCUGGAGAUGCUCCCAUGGAUACGGAUGCCCCCAAGGAGAGCACACAGCCACCCACUGGUGAUGGUACUGCUAAGACAGAAGCUGAGAGCCCAGCUUCAGAGAAAAUUCCAGAAUCGGAGCACGCAAUGUCGAUACGCCAGUUGGAAUUGAAAAUCACAUCCAUCGCAACAUAUCAAAAAGGACCGCAGCACUAUCGUAAGUGCUGGUACGUAAAACCAGAGACUUUGAAGAAGUAUAACUUGGAGGAGCUCCAAGAAAAAGUCACAGAAAGACAAGUGAAUAAAAGUGUUGAUAAAAAGGACCUUAAUAAAAGUGUGGAUGGGUCGCAGACGCCUUGUGCAACACCAGAAGUUGCUACCCCAAAAAGUUCAAGGACAACUCCGUCUGUAACCAUCACUCGGUUUACCGUGAAGGCUGACCCCGAGGCCAAGUGGCAGCUGGAGAAACCUCCACCAAAACCUGCCCCGGCAACUCCGAAACCCUCCCAAACUGUUACUGCGUCCCCAGCACCUGUUGGUUCUUCACCAGCAGUAGCGAGCAAGGCGUCUGCUCGACGGAUCCAGCUAACAACAUUAACUAACUUUAUGAAACCAAAGCCUGGAAAAGGUGCGGACACGAAGGCAAACAGUGUUCUGUCAGCUGUUGUGGCAGACCAAAAGGUUUCCAGUGGUGUAUCUGCAGCAGCUAGUAGUUUGGAGCAAAAUGUUAAUCCAUCAAAAUGCCUCGUUAUUGAUUUGACAGAUGAGUUUUCAAAUCACGCUAUUACGCCUUCAUCUGGUGGUAGCUAUGUGUCAUUAGUUCCUGCUGCUAGCGCGCCAGCUAACCAUUUGUCAAGUGAUGCAAUGGUACUACUGAGUGGUAAGGGUGCAGUGUCGGUUGAAACAGGUGGUGUUGCAUCUAGUGUACAUGUAGUUGCGAAUGGUGCAACUUCUUCAGUUGACAUAGUGACAGACGAAAAAACAAACAAUGUUGAAAUGACUGAUGCUGGUGACGUUAUUCUUUUAGGAUGAACUAUUUUGGACAAUUAAUAAUAUUUGAGCGAGUCGGGAAUCUUGAAUGUUUGGGAAUACUGAAGUUCUGUACUGCUACAGGCUAUCAAUAUUCUGCGACUUAAAUGAUAUGAAUGGCUGAUUAGUAGAAUUUGAUGGCAACAAUAUUCAACUGGAAUUGUAAUAAAAACUGUGACAUCAAAGUGUAGAAGGUUAAAAGUAGGUGUCUUUGUAAUUUAUUUGUUCUUGAGUGGCUGAAAGAAGUCACACAAGUUAGACAUACAUAAAUAUGACAAUAUGGAGGUUGUAAUGGUAAUUCUUGCCUCACAAAUUAUUUAUUGUAUCAAGAAAUUUCUGUUGUACGGGGUGUGAAGACCGUUUUGGGUAUUAUAAUGGGAACCUGCACUACACAAAAAGAUAUCACAGUCGUGGAUUGUAUUUAGCAUGUUUUGAUGUGAUGUGGAAAUAUAUGAGGUA